CAAGAAUUCAUUGAAAUUUCGUUCAGCUGGCACAUGAUUACCUAUGAUGCAUGUCCACUGUCGUGAAAGUCCAUGUGGCAAUUGCUGCACCCAGUGCAGGAAGCAUUGAUCAGCAUUCGUUCUGGAGCGUGGGCAAGGGUUUAGCUCUACAGGAAGCAGUGGCGUUGUAUGCACUGAUCAUUGUAGCUCUUCUGGGAGAUCACAUGUGCUACUCGUCUUUCCAUGGCGGGUUAAGAGCUUGCAAUAAAGGGAGUUACCUAAAAGGCAGAGCCAAUUGAGUAGGCAUUUGCCUUGUUCAGAGCAUUAGGAGUGGUUCAAAGGGGACUCGGCAGCUCUGAGAAGCUUUUUGGAAGGGAGCAACCUACAUCUGGUGACUGAAAUCAUGGCGCCCCUCGAUUGGAUCGCUCGGCUGGAGAAUGUUGCAUUUGCAGCUCUGACAGGUGUGUCACUGCUACCGCUUGUGAUGACAGUCAACUCAAAUUACAAUGUUGUCAUCACCGCAUGCCUGACGGUCCUCAUCGGGUGCCUACGCUCGGUCAAGCCCAUGCCUCCCACGGAAACCAUGUCGAGGGAUGCCGCGCUUCGAUUCCCCCUGAUCGGCAGCGCAGUCCUCUUUUCCCUCUUCCUGCUCUUCAAGUUCCUACCAAAGGAUCUGGUCAACACCGUCUUGACACUGUAUUUUGUCUGCCUGGGCGUUUUGGCCCUUAGUGCCACCAUCGUCUCAUUCCUUUUCUUCCUUCCGAAGUCGUGGCAUGAGAAGCGAGUCCCGGCUCUGACGCUCCCGUUCAUCGGAGCCGUCGAUCUCGAGCUCGACUACGCCCAGGUCUUUGCGGCCAUCCCGAGCACCGCCUUCUGUGCAUGGUACUUCAUGGAGAAGCACUGGCUGGCGAACAACGCGCUCGGGCUGGCGUUCUCUAUACAGGGAAUUGAGAUGCUUUCUCUAGGGUCGUUCAAGAUCGGCGCCAUCCUACUCUGUGGCCUUUUCGUGUACGACAUCUUUUGGGUCUUCUGCACCCCCGUCAUGGUCAGCGUGGCCAAGUCGUUUGACGCCCCAAUCAAGUUGCUGUUCCCAACGGGCAUCGAGGGGCGCCCCUUCUCCAUGCUGGGACUGGGGGAUAUCGUGAUUCCAGGCAUCUUUGUCGCCUUGGCUCUCCGGUUCGAUGUGUCGCGGAAAACCGGCCCUCGAUACUUCUGGUCAUCUUUUGCGGGAUACACGUUUGGUUUAGGGCUGACGAUUGUGGUCAUGAACGUUUUCCAAGCUGCUCAGCCAGCUUUGCUCUACAUCGUACCAGCUGUGAUCAGUUUCCUAGGAACGCACUGCGCUUGGAACGGGGAGUUCAAGCAUUUGUUAGCGUUUGACGAAUCAGCUGUGACGGAGAAGGUAGACGCUAUCAAAGCAGAGGGGGAGACAGAGUCAAACGAACAUAGAGAACUUAAGAAGGUAAAAUGACAUUCGAAGACAGCCUAAGUAGUCUGAAGAGAUUUCGAUGUUUUUCGACUGACCAAAGAUGAACUCGUGGGAAUUUGUAUAGCAAACUCACGCACCAAUCAUAAGGAGGUCAUGCCACUCGAUACUUUUAGAUUUAUGUUUGAGAGACCUGCAAAAUAUCCAAUGACGGUUCCUGCACCGUCAUGCCAGCCU